AUGGCUGGGACGACCAAUUGAACUCGGAGGAGUACAGCAACAUGCUGACGUCGGUGCGUUGAGUUGCGCUUGCCCGCGUGCUUCCUGGAACUGACCCGCCGCGACAGAACUUCUUCAUGUACUACACCGACAAGAAACACGAAACGGGCGGCCAUCCAAAGGGCGAGCUUGGCGCAUCGACUGUACAAGAAUGGCGCAUGCGAGACCGUCUGAAGACCGUCUCUGCGGUACUGGCGCUGUGCUUGAACAUCGGCGUCGACCCACCAGAUGUCAUCAAGACCAAUCCAUGCGCCAAAGAAGAAUGCUGGAUCGACCCUACUGUGACCUCGCAGACGCCAGGCCACACGCCCAUGAACCAGAUUGGAAAGGCGCUGCAGACCCAGUACGAGCAGCUGAGCAUGCGCACGCGCUACAAGCUCUUGCUCGACCCUACCACGGAAGAGACGAGGAAAUAUGCGUCCACGCUACGACGAAACGCUAGAAACGAACGCGUCCUGUUCCAUUACAAUGGCCAUGGUGUGCCGAAGCCGACGUCUAGUGGAGAGAUCUGGGUCUUCAACAGGAACUACACCCAGUACAUCCCGCUCUCGCUAUACGACCUGCAGAGCUGGAUCGGCGCUCCCAGUCUGUUUGUUUACGAUUGCUCUGAUGCUGGUCUGAUCAUCAGCAACUUCAACAGAUUCGCUGAGAAGCACCAGGCCGAAUUCGAAGAGGCACGGCGGCGAGACCCCAAUGUCGAGUACGUGGACUUUAGCGACUGCAUUCACUUGGCCGCCUGCCGGGAAAGGGAGUCAUUGCCCACGAAUCCAGAGUUACCCGCGGAUGUCUUCACGUCCUGCUUAACAGACCCCAUCACUAUGGCUGUGCGAUUCUUCAUACUGCAGAACCCUCUCCCAAGCAAGGUCAGCUUGCGGGACGCCCACAACAUCCCAGGCAAAGUCUCGGAGCGUCGAACGCCGAUUGGCGAGCUCAACUGGAUCUUUACAGCCAUCACCGAUACCAUCGCUUGGAACUCGUUGUCGAAGCCCCUGUUCAAGAAGCUCUUUCGUCAAGAUCUCAUGGUGGCAGCGCUGUUCCGCAACUACUUGCUGGCUCAGCGAGUAAUGCGCGUAUACCAUUGCAACCCUGUUUCCCACCCAGAGAUACCACAGACACACGACCAUCCUUUGUGGCGGAGCUGGGAUCUUGCCGUUGAGCUUAUCUUGGCCCAGCUCCCUGACUUGCAGGCCGAAGCUCGUGGCGAAAAGGAGUAUCAGUACAAGCACUCAGAGUUCUUCUCCGAGCAACUCACUGCUUUCGAAGUGUACUUGUCGCAGGGAGCGGUCGAGCAGAAGAUACCCGAACAACUCCCUAUUGUGCUUCAGGUUCUUCUUAGUCAGGUCCACCGAUUACGCGCUCUCAUUCUUUUAUCCAGCUUCCUGGAUCACGGACCGUGGGCAGUCAACCUUGCCCUCAGCAUCGGCAUAUUCCCAUAUGUACUCAAGCUCUUGCAAUCUCAAGCGAAUGAACUGAAGCCAGUCAUGGUCUUCAUCUGGGCUCGCAUCCUUGCAGUUGACUCCUCGUGUCAGGCCGACCUGCUCAAGGACAAUGGGUAUCAAUAUUUCAUCAACAUCUUCAAUCCAAGUUCUGGUAUACCUAUCCAGAACGCAAGUGAACAUAGGGCCAUGUGUGCCUUUAUCAUAUCCAUGUUCUGCAAAGACUACAACCAAGGACAACGUGCGUCAUUGAGUACAGAGCUUGUGGAGAGCUGUCUAGAUCACCUAAAAGACAUGCAAAAUCCUUUACUCAGACAGUGGUCAUGUCUCUGUCUGAGCAAACUCUGGAUCGACUACGAAGAGGCUAAAUGGGUGGGCAUUCGUUGCAUGGCGCACGAGCGACUGUGCGAGCUGAUUAUGGAUCCGGUCGCUGAAGUACGAGCCGCGAUGCUGUACUCGCUGACGGCCUUUUUGGGAAUCCGGGACGUUACAGCACAAGUCGCCAACAUCGAAGAGACCAUCGCGUCAAUGGUCCUUGUCAUGACCACGGACGGUAACACCAUGGUUCGCAAAGAACUGCUCAUAUUCUUCUCAACCUUCAUCGCACGCUACAAAACGCGAUUUAUCGUCACGGCAUUCGAACACUUCACAGAGGAAAAGAACAGCGACAUCCUGGCACAAAUGGAACAGAAGAAUGGCGACGGGCUGUACAUGAAGAUGCGCGCGACUGCAAACGGUUCAUCUGCUGCAGCAAGCGCUUGUUCACAAAACACCGUCUACGCUGCCAUCUGGAAAGAGAUGUUGGUCAUGUCCGUCGACCCCUAUCCUGAGAUCGCCAAGGAUGCCGGAAUCGUCGUUGACUACGUUCUGGUUGCUUUACUUGAGUCGUCGCUCGCACGAUUUGCGCAGCCACAGUUCAACGAGAUGCUGAGAAAGAACUCUGCCGCUCGUCCUGCCCGUCGUUUGCCAGAGGAGAAGCCACUUCAGCAGAUGGUCUCGACCCCACCUACGCCAUCGAAAGAGGCCAGCUAUCUGUCACUUUUCGGGGGUAUGCGAAAAUCGACUACGUCACUCAAGAGCCUUUGGACUGGACACGACUCGUCCACUUCGCCUCAAAAGUCAGCCGCAAGGAGUAAGAUGGACGACUCGGAUGCUACGCUUGCGGAUGCACGCCCUGACACCCCUGAGAAGUAUCAUGUUGAAGAAGAGCCGAAGUCGAGAGGCUUUCGGCCUCGAUCCCUGUCGGAGAAACCACAGAUACCGCUCAGGAGUGUCUUUUUUGAAUGGUCUGUUGAGUACUUCCGUGAGCCCCAGAUGAAGCCCACCGAGGCGGACGAGCCAGGCAGCACAGACUACAACGGGCGGCUCUGGAGAAGGAACCGCAAUGAUAAGAUCAUUGCUGAAACUCAGCCCCUCAAGGAUGUUGCGGUCUCCAAUCGAUGGGAUGUUCCUCGCGGCUAUUUCGAUAACCUCAGUCAGCCUAUGAAGAUGACUUUCCAUCAAUUCGAGGAUCAUCUCAUCGUGACCGACAGCUGGAAUACGGUCAACGUCAUCGAUUACUCAGACACCGUGAGAAGAAUCAACUGCUUCUCCAACGGGAACCCAUUGGACUCGAGGGUUACGGAUGUUCGACUCAUAAACGAGGAUGAUCAGGCGUUACUGAUGACUGGCUCAUCGGAUGGAGUCAUCAAGAUCUUCCGCAACUACGACUCAAAGGGGAAGACAGAACUCGUGACCGGGUUCCGAGCUUUGACUGAUCUCGUACCUAGUAACAGGAACGCAGGACUUGUUUUUGAUUGGCAGCAGGGCAGGGGUCUGGUGCUGGUGGCUGGAGACGUCAAAGUCAUACGAGUGUGGAACGCAGGUACUGAAGUCUGCGUCAGUGACAUUCCUGCACGAUCAGGAUCCUGCAUCACCUCCUUGACAUCCGAUCAAGUUGAAGGCGACGUCUUUGUAGCAGGGUUCGGUGAUGGAGCCAUUCGCGUGUACGACCAGCGCCAGAAGCCCGCGACUGCCAUGGUUAAGGUCUGGAAAGAACACAAGCAGUGGAUCACAAACGUACACUUGCAACGCGGCGGACAACGAGAGCUAGUGAGCGGCUGUCGAGGCGGAGAGGUGAAGCUGUGGGAUAUAAGAAUGGAUCGCAGCGUCAAGACUAUAAAAGCGACAACAGACCACCUGCGCACGCUCAGCGUUCACGAGCACGCGCCGGUCUUUGCAACUGGCACUCAGAAGCAUCGCGUUAAGAUCUUCAACAUCAACAACGGAAAGCCAGUAUCGAACUUCGAGCCCUACUCUGGCUUCCUCCGCGACCGGUCCGCCCCGAUUACCACUACAGCUUUCCAUCCACAUCGACUCAUGAUCGCCGCUGCUGCCUUGCAUGACAAUCACGUCAACAUCUUUUCGUGCCAUGAGCCUAAGAACCCUACAAUGAAGACUGUACGGUUGUGGGAUGGCGGUGCUGUUGCUUCGAGUCGGGCGUCGAUACAUGGAUGAAGAGGUUGACUUACGUCCUUCCUCGUGGCGAUUUUGCAGCGCACCAAUAUUACGGGAGCUGCUUGCUUUUGCAUUGGGUCGGGUUUGGCGUGAUGGUGGAGGUCUUUUCCGGCUGGCAUGGGCAUAGCGUGGAUAUUGGCAUUGAGCAACAGCAUGAGGGUUUCGAGGUCCAAUUUCUUUCGAUACCCACUGUAGUGUCUUUGUAAUCAUAAUGGCGCCCUUCUCAAACCAUGGGAUCACGAGCACAGUGUAUUCCAUUCUCGAGA